AUGGCCGACGACGCCGAGGGGGAGAGCAAGCGGCGUUUGCCCCGGCGCGACGAGGAUCAUCUCGGCUCACGCUCCACUCUCGCGCCGCCUGAGGGCGAGAAGCGGCGCACGGCGCGGCGCGACGGAGUGGUCGGCUUCAAGCGUGCGGCGAGGGCGGACGACGCGCAGUUUGACGACCUUGCGCUGCUGCGAGAGGGUGUGGGCGGCAAGCGUGCUGGCGCGGCGGGCGCAGGGGAGGCGACGCUCGACGGCAGGCCCGCCGGCGCGGGCAAGAAGGCGCCCGCGCGCAAGAAGCCAAAGGGCGCGAGCGGCUCGGAUGAGGACGAGGAGGCGAGCGUGCUCAAGCUCACCCUCUGCCGGCUGCUGCGGCCGAAGCUCCGCCGCUGGGCGAUGUACGAGUGGUUCUACUCGCCGGUCGACGUGGCGUGGUACCGCGAGAGCCCGUUCUGCGCCGCGCUGGGCGCGUGCGGCCUGGGGCAGGUCAGCGUGCUGCCUCGCGCAGAGUGGUCGUACGUCCGAUCGCUGCUCGGCAAGCCGCGCCGCUUCUCGCCCGCGUACGUCGAGCAGGAGCGCGCGGCGCUGCGAGAGCACCGCGAAGGGGUGCGCGAGGCGAGGCGGAGAGCGGCGCGGCCGGCCGGGCUACUCGACGAGGCGACCACCUACGACCCGCGCGCGGCGGCGCAGCUGGCGGUCGGGCAGCGCGUCACCGCUCUCCACCCGCGGCUGCGUCAGCUCCACUCGGGCACGGUCCUCUCCCCCGACGGCGACCACUACAAGGUCCAGUUCGACUCUCCGAAGCUGGGCGUCCACCUCGUGGAGGACGUGCUGGUCGCGCCGCUGCUCGACGGGACUCGCGGCAUCGACUUCACCUCGCCCCGCUCCCUCACCCCCGGCAUUUCGCCCGACGAGGAGCCGGUGGCCAGCGGUACCGGCAAGACGGCGGUGGCCUCUGCCAACGAGCAGGCCAAGGCCGCGCCCAAGGAGCUGCAGCUGCUCGCCUACAUCCUGCGCCUGCUGCAGAGGAAGCGGAUGCUGAUUGGGGAGCAGCGGGCCGUGUGCGGCGACUGCGAGGAGUACCUCCUCCGCGUCGGCCGAGAGGUGCACGAGGAGCACAAGGGGGCGCGCGGCGACGUCGACGCGCUGCUCGUCGAGCCAGGCACCGCCGGCCCAAAGGUUGAGGUGACGGCGGCGCAGCAGCGGCAGCUCGGGCAGGUCCCUCCCCCGCCGCUGCUGCCGCCGGUGCACGCGAUGCUCAGUCUGCUGGCCGAGCACUCGGAGGCGGAGCACUCCGCGCUGCGCUCCGAGGUGCGGCGGUGGAGCCUCGAGAUCAGCUGGCUGCAGGACGAGCUGCGCGGCACCUCGCGCCGGCUCGAGGAGGCGCUCGCGGCGAUGCGGCCGAUGUCGCAGCGCUUCUCGCUCGCGCUCGGCGCCUCGGCGCCAGAGCCAGUCACGGCUGGCGUGGGCGUGCUCGCGUGCGCAGACUUGCGCGAGGAGGCGACGGUCUCGGCGGCGCUGAUGCUGCUGCUACAGCUCCAGGCUUGGGCGAGGGCCCCCGCGUCCUCAGUCAACGACUGCUCCUCCUCGAUCAGCGGCUCGCUGCGCGACCUCAUCCCGGCCGUCGGCUCGGACGCCAACCUAAAGGCGUUCAAUGCGGUGGCGAACGCGGCGCAGUCGCUCGAGCACAUUCUGGCCAGCGGCGCGUCCUAA